UCUCGUGCACAUGCGGAAGUACAUACAACUACUUCAGCAGGACUCGAACAAAACAAAUGGAAGUUACAUUUCGUUCUCUGUCGUUUCAACAAAUCACGGCGUCUGCAACAUUUUACAGACCGACACCGAAUGUCACACGACAAUGAAUAGAAGUGAGAGAUAACAGCACACGCGUUUCCAAAUAUGGACAUCGAAGUGGAAAUUAUCGAGUUCAAGGUACCCUACGAAAACAACAAAACUAUUUUUGUUUGGGGUAUCCAGCCUACGUUCACUGAGGCCUUUAUUUACGAGUCUGCCUGGAAGGCGUUCUCUGCGUUCGGACCUCUUUACCUGCUCAAGGUUUGUCCAAACGCAGCCGUAGCGGAACCAGGGUUCUACGCGCUGAUCAAGUACUUCUCUGCUGCCCAGGCCUCACUGGCCCAGAGAGCCAUGGAAGGGAGAAGUCUGUUCCAGACCAUGCCCCUAAGAGUGAGGGUGAGCACCAAGAAGCUGCCCUCCUUCCUGUCUGACCCCGCGUCCCAUAGGCCCCUGAGCCUCAGCCGGUGUCAGGACCUGGCCAACCACUACCUGGGCUUCAACGGCUGGAGCACACGCAUCAUCACGGUGAAGGACCUAUCCAGUGAUGGAGAUCAGCAGGAGCUGGGUGCUCCAGGCCCAGCCCCAGGCCCAGCCCCAGGCCCAGAGGGGUCUCCCCUGGAAAGGAGUCUCCGCUACGGCUGCUUGGUGGAGCUGUCCUUCCCCAAACACCAGCUGAGCUGUCGGGGGGUGGGCAUCGCUGAGGAGACCUUCCUCGUCUCCGGCCCAGAGGUGGCCCUCCUGAAGAGAGGGAAGCUGCAGAGGUGGGCCAGAGACAAGGCUGUCGUCCAGGCCUUUGAGAAGGUGCUCCUACUGGCACUGGGUAACGGGAAAGUGGUGGUUGAGCUGAGAGUGGACAGAGAUGAGGUACUACCAGAGGAACACCUGGAGGGACUCAUCCAGGUGAACAACGUGCCUUGGAGCCAAUUGAACCCGGAUGAAGAGGAGUGGGAUCUCACAGUCAACAUGUGACCCAACAGGAGGAGAAGGGAGGGGAGGAGGAGGAGGAGGAGGAGGAGGAGACUGGAAGACCUCCUCUCCACUCCUGCAAAUCUGCUGCUCAAAGGAGGAGGAGGAAUGUACAUUUGUAAAUGUAAUGUAAAUGAGGAGGAGUCCUUUCAGUAUCAGCUGCUCUACCCACCUGUAGACCUACCCAACCUGUAACACAGUCACCAUGUGAUUCCACUAUAGUCAUGUGUUAAGUCUUAGUGCUUCCUAAGUUAAGCAUGUGUUACCACUGUUCCUUCUAAGUUUAUUAUUUGUUUUACCAGUAAUACGAAGUUACAUUUCUUUGUCGCCGCGGUUGUGCUGCGUGGUGAGUUCCCUGUGCCUGGGUGUUAACAUGGCUCACCAGCUGUAUGUCAUCAAGCUGGGGCAAAUCAUCUUCUCAGUGUGAGGUCCUCUCCUUCCCCUUUGUCUCUCUUUGUCUUUCCCUCUUGCUUUCUCUUUCCCUCUCUCCCUUUUGAUCUCUCUCGCAUCAGUUUUUCCUUGGGUUUGCCACCACCUGCUCUAUCUGCUGCCACUCUAGUCCUGUCUUGUCUGGGUGGGUGCAACAGAAGGCCCGGAGGCCUCGAUUCAUAUUUUCUUAUUUACUCACUUGGCAAGAGGUUAAUGGCUUCCAGACUGUUUUGUGGGGUGGGGUGGUUUCGUAUGGCUAUAAAAAAAAUGAAACAUUGAUCCUGUUUUCAAAGAUGCAGACAUAUCGAACCACAAAAGUUUAGCUGACACUAGUCUGAGUGAGUGAUGGUGUGUCAUCUUAAUUAAAGGCUCUUAAAAACGUCUCUAUACUGUCGAGCCAUAGUUUCAGUAACAUGCGAAUCGCCUCCUCCCGCCCUCUCCAAGAUGGGAGAGUUUCAUGCACACCAUAACCACAUUUCAGAAACAUUACUUAGCCAGCUAUGCCACCAAACAUUGGUUGCUGAUGGUUGGCCGAAAUGUACCCUGCGUGAGUUCAACCAAUUCAAUUUGGUUACAGGGGCGUUCAUGCUAAUAGUUUGCUCUAUAGACCUACGUAUUACAACACUAUUUAUAACCUAAGCAAUGUUAUGAUACUGUCUUUUCACUGCUGUCUGUUUACCUGUAAAGGGAAACGUUAAUCCUGCUCUCGUAGACACAGACUGUAGAAUAACAAGAUCCAAUCCUGUUUCUGGGUACAGUAUGUGGUCCAUGGGCUGGGGAUACAGUACCUGGGUGUAUGUAUACUGUUAGAAUAUGCCCUUUUCUUGUAACUUCUACAUGCUUUAUUUGUAUGUCAUUUUGGUUGAGAGCUGAAUGAAUUAAACGUCAAG